UCCUACACUGACCGCCUGGUGAAUAAUGUGCACAUUUCUCAAAAGCUAAACUCGAAACAUUGUUUAUUCCAACCAGCAGGGGUGCAACUUACCGUGAUACUCCAUAGCCCGGCUCAGAAAUGUACUCCUGAAGGUGCUCAUUCUUCACUUGAUUCAUCAGGGGGAGACACAGCGCUUUUCUACAUGUGACGUCACUAAAGAGCGCCGAACUCAAGUUUCCAAAGUUUAAUGUGGAGUCAUGGCUAGCUGAUGGACAAAAAUGGAGGAUAUUAAUCUAGGACACAGAUGCCUCCCAAAUCUGAGGCGUCGAAUCAGAGACAUUGGGGACGGGCACCCAGCACAGGAACGCUACAUGCGGUUGCUGAAGGAUGGAGACACACUCAGUUACCAAGGGAACUCAGAAGAAGUGGGUUGCUAUGUGGCUGGCCAUCCUUUAUCAAAGGGAAAUUGCUACUUUGAGGUGACAAUAGUGGACACCGGUGUGAGAGGGACCAUCGCCGUAGGCCUGGUGCAUAAAUUCUACAGGCUGGACCACCAGCCAGGCUGGCUUCCAUACUCUGUAGCUUACCACGCUGACAACGGCAAGUUAUACAAUGGAAACCCUGUGGGGCAGCAGUUUGGGCCAAAAUGUGCCCGUAGUGACCGCAUUGGCUGUGGAAUUUAUCCCAAAACUAUUGAAGCAGGUUUCAAAACAGUCUUUUUCACCAAAAAUGGCAAAGAGGUGGGGUCAGUGGAUGUUCUUGUCAUGGCAGAAGGGCUUUUCCCUGCAGUAGGAAUGCAUUCCAUGGGGGAAGAAGUAAAGGUGGACCUGCAAGCAGAGUGGCUCUUGAAAGAGGAUGACACGAUGAUGAUGGUGGACAGCCAUGAAGACGACUGGGGUCGACUUAAUGACGUCAGAGUGAGCGGCACGCUCUUGGAGUACAUUGGCAAAGGAAAAAGCAUAAUGGAUGUGGGUUUAGCUCAGGCCCGACAGCCACUCACCCCCCGCUGCCAUUACUACGAGGUGGAGAUUGUUGAUGCCGGGGAGAAGUGCUACAUAGCUCUGGGUCUGGCAAGGAGGGACUACCCCAGGAAUAGACACCCAGGAUGGAGCCGCGGAUCGGUGGCCUACCAUGCAGAUGACGGGAAGGUGUUCCAUGGCAGUGGUGUCGGAGACGUUUUUGGACCUCGUUGUUUUAAGGGUGACGCCAUGGGCUGCGGCAUCAUGUUCCCGCGAGACUAUAUCCUGAAUGGCGAUGCAGAUGACUGGGAUCAGAUGGAGGUCUUUUCUGGUCAAGCGGACAUUCAGAACAUUGUGUAUCUAAAUUUGGACGAGGAGGUGGAUGAGGAGGAAGAUGGUGACAGAGAGGCGGGACAGGAUGGUAGGAAGGUCAUGGUGUUUUUCACGAGAAACGGGAAGCUAGUAGGUCGGAGAGAGAUGGCGCUCCCUCCCGGCGGCCUCUACCCCACCGUGGGGAUGCUGAGUAACGGAGAGAAGGUCAAGGUGGACUUGCAUACUCUCAGCGGAUGAGCUGGACGCCCUCGCCGACGAGCUCUCUGCCGAACAGCUGGCUGUGCCGCAGAGCUGGGCCCCAGUAGCCACGCAGGUCCCUACUCGGCCCACUUAUUUAAGAACCCGUGCUCUCUUGUAAAUGUCCUCAUCAUCCCAGCACUUCAUCAGAGACAAGAUGACUGCGAUGCUUGGAAUCCCCUGCGUUGUAAAUCCUGUGCAAUGUGUUCUCUGUCAGCUGUGUGCGGCUGUCAUCGCUGAGGUCUGGCAACCUCGUCCCACUUUUAUUACAUUUGAGGAGACUCCAAGGAAAGCUGACGAGUGCCAUGUCUUUCCACCGGGCCUCUCUCACCACCCUUCUCUCGCCCUCUCUCUCUCUGGCAGAGGGCGCCCUCUAGUGGCAGAGCACAGACAUGCCAUCCUAGUCAUUAUUACCCCCAAAUGUUUUCUGCGCAUGGCUUUACUGCAACCACAUCAAGAUGCUCGGAACCACUUUGUCAGGUAUGUUUUCUUCACAUGUGAACACUUUAAUCGAUGUUCAGCGUAAAGCAAUCAGGGAAUGUUCUUUUUGUUUUUGUUUGCUUGAAGUUGUGUUGAAAGAGAGCACUUUACAUCACGCAGUCACAAAAACAACCACAGAGCCAAAAGGAACACAUUCUGGUUUAAUGCACUUCGAAUGUUUAACCCCUUACUGUAAAUUUUAUAUAUACAUUUUUUUAUAUAAAUUAUUUUUAUUGGCCAUAUUUUUUAUUUUUUUUGUAAUUUACAAAGGGGUUGAAUCAUUUCAAGUGCAACACUCUCUGAUAUUGUUACUGAUAUAUGUUAUGUUACAUCUCAUUCUCAGAUGGUUUCUGUGUGUGUCUGUAAGCUGAAUACUGUAAAGAUUUACUCAAGAAGUUUGGUGCCACAAAUCUUAAAACACAUGAACUAGACUAGAGUGUGCCUGGAAAGUAUUCACAGCGCUUCAUUUUUUCGCCAUUGUGUUGUCAGUCUAAUUCCAAAAUGGAAUACAUUUAUUUUUCUUUCCUUUGGCAGCAAUUACGGCCUCAAGUCUUUUUGCAUACAACGUAGUUUUGCCCAUUCCUCUUUGCAGGACCUCUCUAGCUCCAUUAGAUUGAACAUGAAGCAUUGGUUUUCAUCCAGGAUGUCUUUGUACAUUGCUGCAUUCAUCUUUCUCUCUAUCCUAACUAGUCUCCAAGUUCCUGCCGCUAAAAAACAUCCCCACAGCCUGAUGCUGCCACCACCAUGCUUUACUGUUCAGUUCAGUUCAGUUUCAGUUUAUUUCGAACGUGCAUGCGAUACAAUGUAAUGCAUCACAUAUUUCCAGUUGUUUCAUUACAGCAUGUCCGAAAAGGAGUAGGAAGAAACAGAGCUUAUUUAAUCCUACCCAUUUUUCAUAUCAUAUCAGUUUUAACCCAUUUCCUUAUUGUCUGUAACAGAACAGUGAAUAAAUAAAUAAUACACUGAGUAAGUCAACAAAUAUUAAAUACAUAAUCUUUCAUCUAAAAAAAAAGAAAAAAAAAGGGUUCAAGAUAUUCAUCAUCACUAGGAGUGCCUGUUUCCUCCAAACAUGAUGCCUGGCAUUCACACCACCGAGUUCAAUCUAUCUAUUGCUGCAGAGAUGGUUGUCCUUCUGGAAGGUUCUCCUCUCUCCACAGAGGAAUGCUGUAGCGCUGACAGAGUGACCACUUGGUCACCUCCCUGAUUAGACUAAGAUGAAUGCAGCGAUGUACAGAAACAUCCUGGAUAAAAACCAAUGCUUCAUGUUUAAUCUAAUGGAUCUUGAGAGGUGCUGCAAAGUGGAAUGGGCAAAACUGCCCAAGUGUGCCAAGCUUGUGGCGUCGUAUUCAAAAGGAUGCCAAAGGUGCAUCAAUAAAGUAUCGAGCAAAUGCUAUGAAUACUUUUUAUUUUUUAGAUUUUUUUUAGUUUUAACGUACAAAAAUUUUAAUGAAAAAACUUUUCACCUUUUCGUUAUGAGGUAUUGUGUGUAGAAUAUUUGACAAAAAUGAAUUUAUUCUAUUUUAGAAUAGGGCUAUAACAAUUUUUUUUUACUAAAAAGUGAAGCGCUGUCAAUACUUAUGAACCACUAGCGACAAAAAGCAAAUGUUACUUAAACUGCAAUACUGCAUGUUAGGAUUACAAAUAUUUAUUAGUAAGGGAUCACAUCUUUUUUGGACCUCAGCUGCAUAUGUCAUUUUUGGUCAGUUAAAAUGUCACAAAAUAGUCCCAUGAUUUAAAAGUGUUUAAGCAGCAAAAUUGGUGAAAACACAAACUUACUGUUAGAUUUAUAAAAAUGAAAUUUGACUUCAAAUUGUGGUGCCUUCACAAGCCACUUGUAACAAUUGAUUCUUUGUUUUGUAAAUCAGGUUUUUUGUGAAAGUGGUUGGAGUUGAACGUGACUCAAGUGACUUUGCUUAAAGGAAAACAAAGGUCCAUCUUGGAUUAGCCGUGUUGAACUCUGGAAGUCCAAAGAAACAAGUUUUACUUCCAUACUGAGAAAUAAAUCAGAACAAUCAUGUUGUUCUUGAAUGCGCUGGUGGUAAAAUGCACAGUGGCUUUGAUUUUGUUACAAAUAAUUCAGUUUCAGUACCAAGCACAUUUUGUAAAAAAAAAAAGUGUUGCAUGUGCAGCAGCCAGAGAAGACAUUUUUACCCACCAAUCACUUAU